AUGAGCAUUAAUAAAACAAUUGCGAUUAAUUCAUUUCAACCUUCAAUGAUCCAGAAAAAGUCAUAUAUUGCUAGUGCAAUUGAAUUGCAUUAUAUAGAUCUUAUUGCAUCCAUGAAAGGCUCUACAAUUGCUGGAGUUUGUGAAUGUAUAUUUUGGACGUUGAACAAGGCGAAUAUUUUUUGUCUUUUUAAUGGGAUAACGAACCAGAAAGAAACCAUUUCUUUCAAUUUUUUUCAAAAAGAAUUAAACAGUGAAACAAAAAUACUGUGGGAAAUUAGACCAAAAAUCUGUGAAAAAACACAAAUUUUAAUUUUCGAACCAUGGGAAGAACUGCUUUUGAGGAAAAAAUCAUUUAAUGCUCAUGUCCUUAUUACAAUGAAAGUUUUAAAACAUAAAACCGAUUUGCAAUUAAAUCUACCAAAUAGUAAAAAACAAUCAGUACUAAUUAAUGAGACGAACUAUUGCUCCAGUUUUGAGAUAGCAAAGGAUUUAUCAGGCUCUAUAGAAUGUGUUUUUGUCGAAAAACCUUCCAUUCCGACUUUAUGCUGGAAUAUUUCUUCCAGAAAUGAACAAAACAGAAGAGAUAAUGGAGAUAAGAGAUUUGAUGGAGAACUGGUAGAUACGACUGAUGAUAAUACAAAGCGAAAGGAACAGGUAUUACUAGAAAAAUUCACACAUGAAGGUCAAGAAACUGAUUUUUCCACAAAGGAAAUCGAAACCCAAGUUGUUUGCUCUAGGAGUGAUGAAAACCAAGAUGCUUGCUUAGUCAUUCGCGAAUAUGCGGAAAUUAAUUUUGAUUAUGAUUUUCACAACAGAGUUGAUGCUUUGAAGCAAAACACUUUAAAGGAAAUCAGGGAUUUUAAUCUACCAAUGGAUCAAAAUUUACCAUGUAUAAUCGAAAAUUUAAUCACAAAUAUACGGAAAGCAGCCAGUGAAAAUAGCAAUUUAUGCGAGGAAGAAUAUUUGCAAUGUGGCUGUAGGAAAUUAUCAGAUCACGCAACAGUUAAUGAUAAUCAUGAAGGUUCUAUACAAUCACCAAGUAAUAUCUCACUUAAAUCUGAUGAUGCAUCUUCUUCUACAAUCACUGGUUCAUAUCUAAAAAAAUCGGAUGAUCCAAAAGAUGCCAAAUUUUUAUCUAAAAUAAAAGAAAUUAAAAAUAUUGCGAAGCAAAUGGAAACUGAACUUCGCACACCCCUUCCUAUCGACAUUUCUCCUGUUGAGGAUUUGCAAGAAUCAGAUAAUGAAGCUUUAACCAUAGAACGAGCUAUAUUUGAUAUUUCUGAAAGAAUUGCACAACAGCAGCCAGUUUCUGAUGCCCAAGCUGAAGCAAGUGAAGAGCUCUUACGAGCAACAUUAGAAGAAAUGAUAAUUAAUGCCACAAAAUCAAUAAGACAAAAUAAUAAUGUGGCAGUUUAUAAGAAACCAGUGGCAUUUUUAAAACAAACCAUAUAUGAAUUCGAGCGAUUCUUGACAGUUGACGAAGAGGUUGAAGCGAUCACUGCAAAUGUGAAUGAUAAUAAUGGUUCGACCGAAAAAAAUUUAAUCCAUUCAGAUAAUGACGACUUAAAAGCAUUAGAUGCAGAUAAAAUAUCUGCAAAACUUGUUAAUACUGAGUUGCUCCGAAUGACGCCAAUUACAACUAAUAUUCAAAAACAGUUAGCAACAUUAGAAAGUAUCUUGGAUGAGGAAGAACCAGAGGAAUCGCAUGAAUAUAAGGGAGGGGAAUGUACAAUUAAUUUUGAGCCAGAAAAAUCAGUAUCUAUGGAGCGUCAUAAAGUUCAUGGCAUGCUUAUUCAAAUAAACAAUGAGAUUAACACAAUAAAACGUUUUUGUCACAAAAACAUUUCAAAAAAAGGUGCUGAUGCAAUUAUUAAUGUGCUUCAUAAGGUUCGAAAUCACGUUGGAACUAUUACUGAUAUGAUAGCAUCAAAAAAAUCCACUUUUAAAUAUCCAUCAAAAUCUGGUUUCUUUUUCGAUAAUAAUGCCUCGAUAAAUUUCAACUUAUUCAAGCCUGAAGCAAAUGAAGUGGCAAAUGCAGUUGUGAUUUUUAAAACUGCCGUAAAUGAAUUGUACACAAGCGCUGAUGAUAUCAGUUACACUGAUUCUAGUCUGCUUUUGCCUGAAACUGAUUGCAAUCAAAAGUGGUAUCAUAACGAAAGCAAUAAUUUCAAUUUGAUGAAUGAAAGCGAAUACCGUCCCCCCCUUCCACCGCACAGAUCAAAAAUUUUCUGUACAAUGAGCGAGGAGAUACCAAUACCACCUCCACGGCCAAAAAGAAGAGAGGAAAAAAUAUUAAUUGAUUUACUAAUGAAACAGAGCCAUUUGUUUGAUGAUGCAGUUCCUCAAAAAGAUUUUAACGAUCAGGUCGAUGAAAAUCCAUUAAAUUAUGAGCCAAUUCCAGUUACUCUGGAAUGCAGAAAAAAUAAACAGAUUGAUGCGAUUUACAAGAGAAUUUCCGAAUUUACAGGAGACUUUGAAUUUAGAAACAAAGAAAAUAUCUUAAGUCAAUCUGCAAUUAAACCAAUUACCAUAAAAGGAAAAAAUCGGCUUAAUGUAUAUGACGAAACAAGUUCUGUUCAACUUCUUUGCGAAGAAUCUGAUUGCGGUACAGACAGCGAUACGCUUGGUUCACGAAUACAAAUGAAAAUACCACUGUGCAAAAUAGAUGGAGAGCAAAACAAUAUAUUUUUUGAAAAUUAUAGCAUAAAACGUGAAUUGAAAAAAAUUAAUAAGGACAGUGAAGAGAUAAAAUUUCGAAAUCUAACUUAUGAUACUAACAAAAGGAACGCUCUCAGUCCUGUUUCUAAUGCUUCAAAAAUUGAAAACUUAAAUUUUGAAGCCAUGGUUUUCAUUGAUAUAAAACAGUUUAAGGAUUUAGAGAACAAUAAUGAAUUAAAGCCAAACGAGUCAUUUCCUCAUCAAGAAGUGCAACCGCUGGAUUCUAAUAGCUACGGGAUAGUCAACCAAACUGAAUUACGGCAAAACGAAAACUCGAGGCAAGUUCAAUCAUUAACACCAUAUGUUGAUGACCCUUGUGCCAUUAGUGUUUCAAAUGUUGUAGACAUUAUGCCAACAAUUAUGGAGAAUAGCGAAAUAUCUAAGGCCACAAGUUCAGAAUCUAAAUUGACAAUGAAUGACAGUAUUAAUUCGGCAACUUUACAAGAUAAACACUCAGAUGAUGGUUCUCUAGAUCAGAAAGAAACAUGGAGUUUAACCAGCACAGAAGAAUCGGAGAGAUAUCUCCACGAAACAAUGAUGACAAACGAAACUACUUUGUGCGUGAAUUGGAGGCGACGUUCGCAGAAAUGCCGCAUUCUCGCUAUAUUCUUACCAGAUUUACAAAUAGCAACAGCAAUUUCAGUAAAUGCAGAAAAUUUUCUCCCAUAUCUCAACACGGAUAUAUUCGAAGUGGCCGUAGAACAACUAUCACAAUCAAACGGCUAUUUGAUUCGAAUAGUUGACGAUGUCAGUGAAUCAACUUCACUUGAUAUCGUCCAAAAAGUUUCAGAGCAUCUUGGUCCAGUCGUUUUACUGAAAGAUGAAGAGAAGAUGGAAGCGAGUGGAAAAUCACCAAUUUCUGAUAAUCAUCUGGUUGCUGGAAAUAAGUUUGGCUCAUACGACGUGGAUUCGAGCAUAUGUUCAGUGGAUUCGCGAGACGGAACAAAUACAGGAGUAACUGUAUCUAUCAUUGCAAGAAGUAUUCACGAUGUCAUUCAUGCUUCACUCGAAGAAAUACCCUGGGGUGAAGUGUCAAUGCAUUUGUACCAAUCUGAUAUGGCAAGAUCAUUGAGUUUAUGCGAUUCGGAAAACAAAAAUAACUCAUUAAUCCAGACUAUUACUGUCUCAGAAAAGAAUGAUACAGAGACUAGAUCUGUAUAUUCUCAUGAAUCCUUACGAUCAUCUCAACGAUCGUUAGAUAUCUCUGAAAGAACAGAUAAAUUCAAUAGUACACUCAAUCUUAAUAUCCCUAAUUACCUUAUCAGAGAAGGUUCCACAGCAACGAUAACAUGCGAAUUUAAUAAUUUUCUUUGCCCAGGGAGUAUAAUUAAUUGGUAUAAAGGCAAUAUCAAAGUCGAAUUAGUUCGAGGAAAAACUGAUCGUAUCAGUCACGAUUUGCUUGAAGUUCUAGUUAUAUCGCAGGUUACGCAAAGUGAUAGUGAUAUUUACAGCAUACAAGUUAACGAUGAUUUGUAUCCCGUUGCAUGUCUUAUUAUAGAGGAAGAAAGUGGGGAAAAAGUAGAAGCUAGAUUUUUAAGCCCACCUCAAACAUUCUUUGUGAUGGAAGGACAGCCAUCAGUUAUUUCUUGCCAAAUAGAAGGUGAUAAUAAGGUGAUGUGGUGCAAAGAUAGGCAGCUUGUUGAGGAAAACGAGCGGCUGAAAAUGGAAACAACAGAUGAUGGUUAUCACAAGAUUAUAAUCGACCGAACUGAACUUAGUGAUCAAGGAACAUAUUAUGCUUUUCUUGACGAUCAUUUUACAACUAUAACUCUUGUUGUUGAAGGUAACUUACUUGUUUCGCUAGAUCGCUAG